GUCACAUUUACCUCCUCAAUCCUCCAGUCGUCCACGUAUCUCAAAAAAUUAGGAAAAAAUGGCCUUCCUCCGAAUCUCGUCCCUUCUCUUCAUCGCCCUUUUGGUGUGUCACGUAGCGGCCGAGUUUAACUUUGGAAUUGCGGAUUUGCAAAAGGAGAUGGGUUACUAUGGGGAGUGCGAGGGCCAUAAGAUUAAUCUUCCCAUGGAAACUAUCAACAAAGGCUUCGGUACCGUCCCAAUCUGCACCCUGACCGUCCCCGGAAAGGCGCAGCUUUCUAAAGAGUGUGUCGCCGUUUGUGUCGCGGAGCAGAUGGGGUUCGUUGACCCGAAUACUCGCCUCUACCAGUUGGACAAGGCGACCAAGGAGCUCUGGGAAAGUGUCAACAGCACCGACCCCAACGUCCACAAUGAGAAGUGGAUCGUCGAAAUUCAGGUCGCAGCCAUUAAAAAGUGUGGAGUUGAUCCGGGACAACGUUUCGUGCUGGAAAAUGAUUGCGAAGAAGCGCACAAAUUUGAUAAGUGCAUUAAGGAUGCGGCGUCUAAGGAGUGCGGAGCAAAGGCGGAAUAAAAUAAGUAAUAAAAUUGGUCCAGCAAAGUUUUAAUAAUCUUAAUUAUUUUCAAAAUUCAUGACUUU